CCGCAGUACCAAGAGCGAAGCAUGACAACGGCCCGCGGACCGGCCCAGCAUGCGUUCCGGUUACAGAACAGACAGCAAUGGCCAAACGCGGGAUCCCGGCUGAAACACGACAAGGCGGACGGUGCUGACGGUGCUGAUGGCGCUGAUGCUUUUGACCACGGCCGGCCUUUUGGCCUCCCAUUCCGCCUGCAGAAGUCUCCGAAUGGCGGAAUGCGUCCUUCGAGCUCACCCAAGCCAUCCCUCGAACUGAAAUCUAGCAAACCCGUGCCGACCGACCUCAUUUCCCCUCGCAGCGAUUCUUUCUUUUACAGCUCCCUGAGUGGCAGACCAAGCCCCAGCACAAGCCCGACCGCUCAUCACUUCCAAUCACAGCAUAGAACAAGGGCUGAAUCGACGCCGAUACCACGGCCCCCGCGGUCUGCUUUUCCAGGUCUUUCUUCCAACCCAUUCAUCCCAGAAACAACAAAACCCGAGUUUCCAUGGUCCGAGGCUCGCAAAUUUCCGCUUGUAGGCCGCCACUAUGAACAGCUAGCUCCUUUGUCCCCGCAUUCGAAUCGCGAGUCACCCAGCCAAAGUCCGCAGCCAACGCCCACCGAGGCCAGCAUGGCAGUGGAGAAUUUCUCCCGUCCACGAAGACCGAGCAUUAGGUCGCAACAGUCAGACAGCGCCUUGUCACGGCGGAAGGCGCCGUCCCACUGGCAGGCCGAGCCACUCUUCGACCAACAGACAAGCAACACCAAAGAACAAACUAAUCCAAACUAUAACACAGCUCCGGCUCCCAAUCCUUGGCCAAGAAGUCGCCGCCUUUCCGCGUCUUCGUCGCACUCGUCGAGUACAUUUUCCUCCAUACCACCCCGCCCGUCAAACGACCAGACUAGUUCGGCUCCAAAAAGCAGUUCCCUCAGGCCCGUGAAUCCUACGGUCACCAGCACCCCAAGCCCAUUUGCUCGGCCACAACUAGCUCCUAAUAACCACAACCUCCAUCAAGCGUACCCUCGGGAACCGCUCCCACCCUGGUUAGCCGGUGGUGACGAGAUGAGAUCGAGUUUCCGGUCCCAGCUGACUGCCUCGACCGCUCAAGGGACUGUCUUCACGUCAGCUGGAACCGAGAGAAACAGCAUCAUCACUAAAGCUAGCAGCGUCGUUACGGAGCAAUCUAUUAUUAACGGGUAUGAGCGAAGGAGCUGGCGAGCUAAUUCGAUCGACGACGGUUUGAGCUUGGAGGACGUGAUGGGAAUGUACGAGAGAGGCUUCAACGACUCGGAUAUCGAAAGUAUUCGCCGCAGCGUGCGGUUUCCUGACGACGAGAAGGCUCCUAGGACGGAGGUCGACGCUGGGGAUUCCAACGUGGGAGGUUCACGGCCGGCGAGCUGCCACUCGGAUGCGAGUGGCCUGAAGGCCAAGAUUUUGGAGGCCAUGAAUGACACCUUGCCGAUGCCUGGUGCGGUGCCGACGCCUGAAUCCGAACUCUCCACCGAACGACAGUCGAUUUACAGGGCCAGGAAAUCCAUGCUUCGCAACUCGCUACCCGACAAUAUCGGCUUAAGUUUGGCUACGGAGGCACUGGCUAAGAAAGACAAUGUUGAGCCGGACACGAUGGGGAAACAUGACUCCGCAAAGAUGCUGGACGGCGGAGACGAGCUUGACGCCCCACAAUCCGAGACCGCCUUGCCGCCCUCGCCGACUUCUGGAAUGCAAACACAACCCCCAACGGCAGAGCAAUCGCAGGCACGCUCCUUCGCACCAGCACCGGAAUCUCGCCUCCCGCAGGAACCACCAGAGGAGCCCGGAAGCCGUGACCGGUACGGUUUUCGGAAGGCAAGCCCAAACAUCACUCGCCAAGAGUACGAUGCUUGGGAUGCCACCUACAGCGAAUAUCUGGCCCGGAGGCGCAAAAAGUGGAUCGCAUUUCUCAAAGACAACUCUCUUAUGACGGACCGGCCCAACCGAUUCCCUCCGCGCAGCGCGAAGACGAAGCGGUUCAUUCGAAAAGGAAUCCCGCCGGAUUGGAGGGGUGCUGCUUGGUUUUACUAUGCAGGAGGUCCCGCCAUCUUGAGCAAGCAUCGCGGAGUUUACGACGAUCUGGUGCGUCGGGCGGGCCUCGAUCCUAACGGCGCAGCAACGUCACCGGAGCAAAGGGGUGAGGUUAAGCCCAUGGUGGUGGAUGACAUUGAAAAGGAUCUUUACCGGACAUUUCCCGAUAACAUACGGUUUAAGCCGCCCCCUCGGCCACAGGUGUCCCCCCCGAGCGAGUCCAGCGACCAAACUGGGGCGAGCACGUCCAACCAAACCCCCGAACCCGAGAUUAUUACGUCCCUGCGACGCGUUCUUCACGCCUUUGCACUCUAUAAUCCACGCAUCGGCUAUUGCCAGUCGCUCAAUUUCCUGGCUGGCCUGCUCCUCCUCUUUGUAGAGACCGAGGAACAGGCUUUCUGGCUUCUCAACAUAAUCACCAGAGUCUACCUCCCGGGCACCCAUGAGAUGAGUCUGGAAGGGUCCAAGGUUGAUCUGGGCGUGCUUAUGCUAGCCUUGAAGGAUUCGAUGCCUGGAGUGUGGAAGCAAAUUGGCGGUGACGAACUUGAAGUGAGCUCCGGGAAAAAGGGCAGGGGACGACGGGCUAAAGACGGGCACAAGCGGAAUUUGGCCAGCAUCAACGACCCCAAUCGGCUGCCUGCGAUCACGCUCUGCAUGACCGCCUGGUUCAUGUCCUGCUUCAUCGGAACUCUGCCAAUCGAGACGGUACUACGUGUCUGGGAUGUGUUUUUCUACGAGGGCUCGCGCACCUUGUUCCGCGUUGCCCUGACAAUAUUCAAGCUGGGCGAGGCCGAGAUCAAGGCGGUCCAAGACCCGAUGGAGAUGUUUGGCGUUGUGCAGACAUUCCCCCGGCGGAUGAUUGACUGCAACAUGCUCCUGGAGACGUGUUACAAACGGCGCAAUGGCAUUGGCCACCUGAGCCAGGAGUCGGUCGAGGAGAAGCGGGAGGCGCGGCGCGAGGGAAUUCGCAGGUGGAAAGCCGAGCAAGAAGCGGCAGCCAGCGAGAACAGCAGCCCAAGACCGGCGACCAGGCACAGGUUUGGGCUGGACUUGGCUGCCGACCUUGACGAUUUUCGCCGCAAGGGGAAUCUUUUCAGUCGUCGCAAGGACCGCGAACAAACUCGGGCGGCCGAGGUGAUGUAG